GGGAAGAGCUGCUACAUUGACUUCAGUUGCACUCAGGAGAACAGACAGGUUCUUCCUUUGGGUUGGGGAGGCAGCUGUCUCCUCCUGAAAAGGAAGCCAGGAAGCAAAUAGCUAAUAUAUAGAUAUAGAGAGAGAUUUUAAAGUAAAGGAUGCAUUGGAAGACUUUGCUACUGCUGCUUUUCUGUUACAAUGCUCAUGCCACUGUGAGUCCGAGGUGGAACAGAGCCAUGCUUUUCCCAUCUGCUCAGCGGUUUAAGAGAUGGUCAUCAUCAGCCCUCGUGAACCCGGUGCUGCAGAACUCGCUGGACGAUGUGAACAUGCUUUUUGAGUUUCUUUUAGCUGAGAUUGAAAUUGACAAAGGUCUGAGGAUCUCCAUUAAAGAUGAGGAGCUGGCUUCGUUGAGGAAGGCCAAAGAAUUUGACAUUGUCUGCAAUGACAUUAUCCCCAAAAGCAUCACAGAGAUUCGUCGGCUGAGUGCCAGGCUGUCUGACUACCCGAGGGAACUAAAGAAAGAAGAUUUUGAAAGAACAGUCUUGACCAUGGUCUACACAGCCUACAGGGCAGCUCGAUCUUGGAAGCACCAGAAGAACUCUUGGGCCGAAUCCUUCAUCAGUCUCUACAAGGCCCUGAAGCAUGACUUGAUGUUCUCAUACAGCAAAAAGCCAUUGCACUGAAGGAGUUUAUACACCAAGAAUGCAACAAGCUCUGCUGAUAAGGGGACACAUAGCAUGUCCACCACUUUAUUCUGUAAACAAUUUAAGUCUACGCAUAGUUAAGGUUUCAGAGUAGCAGCCGUGUUAGUCUGUAUCCAUAAAAAGAAAAGGAGUACUUGUGGCACCUUAGAGACUAACAAAUUUAAGGAUUUAAGUUAAGGAUUCUUUAUUCUCUAGCUCCCCCUAGUGAGAUAUUGUUAUAGAAACAUGUUUAACUGGAAAAACAUCUUGUCUGCUUCAGUCCCUGGCAUCCAUUCUCACGUGGGCAAAGAAGAAUGUUCUGUUACUGAGGGUGAAGGGAAUAUAUAUAUUUUUAAAGUUAUUCCCAAAGGAUGGAGGAAGGGCACGCUCAUCUGGCAAGUUUUGGGUGAAGGUUUAGAAACCCAUUUCCUGUUUUGGAAAGUAGUAGAUAUUUCAAAGUCCCAUUAAACAAGUCCAUCCCUGGUGUAAUAUCAACAAAGUUAAUGGCUUUAUGUCUGGGAUAAUUUGGGCCUGAGCUGUCUUGGGGGUGGAGGGGAGUUUACUCUGCUAACUAGUUUGCAAAGCAAGCUCAGAAGGAGAGUGUGCUGAGGAAUCCUACCUUCCUGGCUAGAAAAAAGAUAGGAGUUUUGCUGCCACCUAAUGGGGUGUAAAAAAAGAGAGAGAGUGAGACACAAGCUCACUAUAAAAUGAAGACGCUUCCUGGCAAUUAGAGCUUGGAGACUAUGGGAAGAGUAAAAUCAGCAAUAUUCUUGUAACUCAAACUAACUGACUCGCUUCCCAGGUAUUGGCAACCUAUUUUAAUCUCUCGUUCACAUACAUUGGGUUGAGCCAGUUUUUAUUCACAAGAAUAUUUGUUUGUGGAAGGACACACCGUUAUUUGUGUGUGCAUUCUCCCCAGAAGAGCUCUCACAGCCAGUCUAUAAAGGUCCUUCCAUUAUUUGCACAUGGCUCUGAGCCUGCAACUAUCUGUCCAUGUGGUGUCAACAGCAGGAUCAGAGCCUAGAUUAAUGUAACAAUUACACUUUUCAGCUUGUCCCUAUAACUCGAAGUGGCUGAACCAAUCUCCCGGUUCAGAACAUCCCUGAACUUUGUGAAGGGUGUAAAAAUCAAGACUUUUAUGGAUAAUUCAUGGGCAGAGGAAAGGUAUUCAUCAGAUAAAUUAUUUGCAAUGAACAGUUCAACCUGUUCUAGUGACAAUGUCUUAAGGUUUAAAACAGGUUAUACUAAUGCUGUUUAUCUACCUAUGUUAGGUAUUUCUAACAUGUCUCACUAUAGUUUCUGAGCACUUCUAAAAAGCUGUUACCCCCUUAAUAUUUGCACCUGUGCCCUCUCUCACUUACUCUCACACACUACACUCAGUCUUUCUCUCUUUAAUCAUCCACUUUACUUAAUUUUCUAAACUUUAUAAAUAGAGACAGGCCCAAACUAAAACCGGCAAGGGAAAUAGUUUGGAUUUUAAGGGCCAGACUCUGUGUCCCACCCUGCUCCUUUUGUAUCACUCAGGCCUUACAAAAAAGAGCAGAAAUCUCCUGCAAGUCCCUUAUUGUGGGGAUAUUCCACUAGGUGGAUGAUUUCCCAUUAAAUGUGGAGCCAGCAGAGCCACCUCCUACACUUCCCUCUGUGCAGCUUCCACUGCAGACAGGGUGUUGGGGACAGUCUAGGGCAAGCAGGGGGAGUUAUCAGAGGACAAUAUGCUCUGGCAGUCCUCAGCUGGUGUAUGGCCACUGUGGGACCUUCACCUGCUGGUGCUGUUUAGAGUUUUGCAAAGUUAUAAACAACUGAAAAUAGGGUUUUAUAAUGGAAAGUGUGAGGCAUGUUUAACAACAGGUGUAGCUAAUUGUAUUUGUGUGUGAAAGAGUAUUUAGACACAAAAACACCACAGCUGGCCUACACUUAACACAUCUAACAGAAACUUUCCAAAUGAAAAGCAAUACAUACCUUCCACUCCUGUGCCCGGAGCAAUGCAACUCAUUGCUAGCCAAACUGCCAUAUGCUACAACCUUUAUUAAUUAACGCUUCCCCAAAAAGGAUGUCAGUCUUCCAGAAUGCCCUUUCCCAAACUCCCACCACCACAAGUAGGCCAGCAGAUGUCCCACAUGUAAUGUCUCUUCUGCACCGUUCUGGGAAACCACCCUCACCUAUUUCACAAACUUGUGGAUUACUCUUUUUUUCCAGAGCGGCAUGGAAUGGGAGUAGAGGGGAGCGCCCAUAUAUGCCUUAUUUCUUAAAAGCAAACACAAACCAUCGUUUUUUUUCCUUUUUAAAAUUACCCUGUUGUAUAAUUAAUUUGCUCACGGAGGGUAAUUACCAUGAGUGAUCACCCUGUUUUUACUCUGUGCUCCUAUUCCAUUUCCUAGAGUGACAUCUGCUGGGAGAGACUGGAACUAGAGCAUUCAGGAGCUCCCUCCAUAGUCCAGUGGUUCUUCCCUACUGUGACAACAACCAGGACUGAGGCAGUAAGUUUUAAGUAUAAUUGACUACACAGAGAGGUCUCCCUCACAUCAGGUGAUAUUAUAAUGCACACAAGGUUCAUCUGCCAGUGAGCAUCAUAAGCCCCUCAGAAAAUUAUCUGUACAAACAUUGCUCAGAACAUCCUACCAUUCCCCGUGGAUUACUGUACCUUACAGAUUAUCUUUAUUUCUUCACUGUUAAAUUAAGUCUUCUAAAGUUUGUUUUCUCCUCCCUUUUGGCCCAGUUUCUGUGGAUAAUGUAACAAAAGAGAAAUACUAUUGUGUCACUCAGAUUGCCCAAGUUUAUUUAAUACAGAAUCAUUAAUGAAAUAAUAAAACUAUAACCGAGAACUA